AUGGCGUUUAGUAUUCUUUUGUCCAUCCUCGCAGUGGCUGUUGCUGCAGUUGCUCCUAUGCCGGACACUCAUGUCCGUCCUGUCCUGUCGGCACCGGUCAACAAAGACGCCAGGCAAUGCGAUUGCUUCGUAGUCUCCGGUCCUAACCCAGGAUACUUCCAGCACUACAAGCUGUGGGACUUCCGCGCCGUUCCCUUAAGCAAGUUUGCCAACUCAACAUCGUCCAUCUGGCCGGGUGAGGACGAGUACGACGAAGAUGACUCGAGCUGGGACUCGGACUGGGACUGGGAUGACUGGGUGGAUUACGAUGAUGACUCGGAGGUCAAUAUCACAAGCAGUAUAGGCGAAGGAGAGAGUCCCGAGCCUGACUCCUGGCUGUUUUUCGAAACACCCUUUGAAAAGGACUGGGGCAGCCAGGUAUGGGAGCGCCAUCGCACGAAGGAAUCUCCGGUGUCUAUGGUCAACAGCAAGCGGAACGUCUUCUUCACCAAGGAUCACGAACGAGGGAACAACUUGACCUAUCUGGUCCUGCGCACCACCCGCCACACGAACUAUACAUCGACCGCCGAGAUCGAGACCCGUAUCAGCAAUAUCUACCACGCCUCCAUCCGCGUGCGUCUGCGGCUCCUGCCCGCCAGCAUGACUAUACCGCAACCUGUUCAACCCAAGGACUGGCCGCCGCUAGACCCGCGGCAGCAUGCCAUCCCGAUCUUGAACAACAAAUCAACUUCCGUACAAGAUGACAGGCCAGCCCCUGGGGCAUGUGUCGGCAUCUUCACCUACCAUGACCUGAGCACUGAAUCAGACAUCGAAAUCCUAACCAAAGACACAUCAUAUCGCGUCCACUAUGCCAACCAGCCAGACUACGAUCCAGUUGCCGACAUCAUGAUCCCCGGCGCAAGCUCAGAAGUUGAUCUGCCCUUCGCCUGGACGUCAUGGUCAACACACCGGUUGGACUGGCUUCCGUCUAUCUCCCGGUGGUACGUGGACAAUCGGCUCCAAGAUGCCAAAUCGUACCGCGUGCCCAACCUGCAGAGCAUGGUGGUGAUAAACCUGUGGAGUGACGGCGGUGUCUGGACGGGAGACAUGAGGCUCGGAGACAGUAUUUACGUGGGCAUUGAAUGGAUCGAGCUGGCCUACAACACGUCCUCGGAUCAUAACAAGGGAAUGGACGUUCCUGUCUCGCAGCGUCAUGGCGGUCAUCAGCCCUUCCCACCUGCAAAUCCGUCGAAUCGAACUGGUAAUGGACACCCGACGAACUCGCCGCAUUCGCCAAACGAGCUGGAUGGCAUGUCCAAGAAGAAGAAGAAACACCGCAAGUGCAAGAAAGGGAGGAAGGGCCGGAAGUGUCGAGGCAAGCACCGCAAGGACCAUGAUGAUGAUGACCACGGCGGAGGGGACCCGCAACCUGAUUCGUGCCGUAGACCGUGCGCCGUUGAUAGUUUUCCGGGAUGA